UCUCGUCGUCUAUUGACUUUGAACUCUUCGAGUGUGUGUAUAUGCAUAGUUUCCUAUGCAGAAGAUAAAAUAGAUCGAGUUGUUAGAAACUGAGAAUCGGGGAACAGGGUCGAUCCAGAAGAUUUGUAGUUUUCUCUUGGGCAAAUGGCAAUAGAAGGUCAUGCUCCUUUUUCUACGGAAGGUUUGGGGCCCUGUGAACUAUCAUGUUCCCGUUCAACUUACCAUUCACCUGACCUUCUGAAGCAACUGUGGGUUUUCUGGAGCAGAUGCGGCGAUGACGAAGGACGCUGCGGAAAGUCUCAUCAUCUCUCAGCCACUGCUGACGGUGCCAUGAUUAAGAACCAGAUCAAACGUUUUCUAGAACUUCUUUUAGACCCACUUUUGCCGGAGUGGUGGCGGUGUCUAGUUCAGUUUUGGGGUUUAGUGAAGAUUGGCGACAAAACAUAUUUGACAACUUGUGACCAGCCUUUUGCUCUCCAAUACUCCAGUCAUCUAGAGGUCAAGAAACUAUGUGAAUAUAGGAAGCACUGUUUGGAGUACUUAAUACCCGUGGAUGAUGAUGAUGAUGAUGAUGAUGAUGUACAGCUAAUUGGUCCCCCUGGUCGGGUGUUCUGCAGUGGGUUGCCUGAAUAUGCACUUGAUGUGCGUGAUUACACUAGUAGAGAGUAUCUUCAACGUGAUUAUGCGGUCGACUGUGUUGAGCAAUACUGGGCGUUGCCAAUCUAUCAUGCUCCUGGGCACGUCCCCAUUGGUGUACUGGAAAUUGUAUCACCACAUAAUUCUUACAUUCCUCAACAUUGGGUUCUGGAGAAGCUUCAGAAUCUACCACGGGAUCUGAAUCUGACAACUACUUGUGUAAGCCUCCUUGCAGAAGUAAAUUCAUGUCAAGAUGGUGAAAUUGCCCAAAUUGGCAAAGCAUUGUUAGGGGCGAGUGCAACACAUCAACUGGAUGAUACUGAAACUUGGACUAGUUCUGGAGAAAUACUAAGUUCUCAUUAUGGCGUAGAUUUUAUUCGGAAGGGACAAGGGGUAGUUGGGAGAGCAUUCUCAUCCAAAAGUGCAUGCUUUUGUAGGGAUGUAAGACAAUUAAGCAUAACAGAGUACCCGGUGGUACACACUGCACGAUCCUGUGAGUACUCUGCCUGUUUUGCAGUUUGUUUGCAGAGCUCUUGCUCAAACAAUUGCAUUUACGUAUUGGAGUUCUUCUUACCUACGGAUGAAGAAGACUAUGGGGAUCCUAGGACAUUGUUGCGCAGCCUAAUGGAGUUAUUGAAAGAACGCCUCGGAAGUUCUUUUAAGAUUGCUUCAGGACAAGAAUUGGGGCAGAAAUUGACUGUUGAGGUUAUUAAGGUCUCUCCAGGGAAUGAAUUUGAUUCUUUUGAAAUCUGCAAUACUACUGGUAUGGAAUCUACACCUAGGCUUGGAGAAGUACAAGGAGGAGGAGGAGGAGAAGGAAUGACGCAAGUUGAUUUCUCAUCUCAGCAAGUUGAUGCUGCAAAUGCUUAUAUAAAUGGUGUUCAUGGACAGCAGAGUGGGAUUGUUGGAUCUCCACCUAGAUCAGAGCGUGCACAGGGCUUUGUCGACAUAUCAUAUCUAGAAUUAAAUCUUGCAGGAGUUGAUGUUGCGCACAAUUCUAUGGAUGGUGUUUAUGAACAGCAAGCUGGAAUUGAUAGAUCUUCAACUGGACAGGAGGUCGUGCAAAACAUGGUCAGCAUAGCACAUGAUGAACCAAUUGUGGAAGAUCCUGAAAGAGAUGAUGCUAGUAUAGAAGAGAGUGGCGAUGAAGUGACUAAUUUAAAGAUGAAAGAGCCUAGUUGUAUUUUAAAAUGCAACCUUGGAAUUACUCGUGAGGUUCUUGAACAAAAUUCUGCGAGGAAACUUGAAGAUGCUGCAAAAAAUAUUAGAGUUAGUCGAUCUACAUUGAAGCGUAUAUGUAGGGAUUUCGGUAUUAACAGAUGGCCACCUCGUAAAGCAAGAAAGGUUAGUCAAGCACUUGCUGUACAGAAAACUGUUCAACCUUCUACGGAAGAUACUCAUGAACAGCACCGGUCAGAUGCAACGAGGGUAGAAGAUGAUAAUGGCAUGUGGGUGAAGGCAGAAUAUCAAGGGCGCAUGAUAAAGUUCAGACUUCCAUUUUCUGCCCGUAAAAUCGAUUUGGAGGAAAACGUAGUACAGCGACUGAAUGUAGCCCUGGGAAGUUUUAUAAUUGAGUAUCAGGAUGAAGACAGUGAUCGGAUAUGGAUAACAUGUGAUGAAGUUCUGAGGACGGCAAUGAGCACAUUAAGCUCAUUGGAUAGGACUACAAUCAAAAUGUAUAUUGUUGAGGACAGUCCAAGUAAGAGAGAUCAAUAGAUUUUUAAGAAUUAUAUACUAUAAAGUUUAGCAGGAGAGCAAGGGAGCACUAUUGACAUCAAUAGUGUACUUUUUUUGUAUACAUAUUAAAGAGUAUGCUGAACUUUGGAUAUAUAACCAAGUUAAUAUGAUUUGCAACGUUA